AUGGCCCGUCUCUCCCCUCCCCCAGGCCAUGUCCCCAUCUCGCCCGCCCCUCACACCGAAGAUACUGGGGGCCAUCCAUCGGCCGCCAAGGUGCGUGUUCCUCCAGACGACCUGGGUCACCGUAGCACUCUCUCAGAGACCCGCGGCCCUCCACCACUUCUCUUCAACGCCAUCAUCCGCGGCCACUCCCGCUUUGGCUCCCCUCACUCUGUCCUCCAAAUGUUCGUCCAAAUGCUUGCCAUCGGCCUCGCCCCCGAUCACUACACAUUCCCCUUCGUCCUCAAGGCGUCGGCGGACAUCCCCCUUUUCCCUCUUGGGCAAUCGAUUCAUUCGUUGUGUUUGAUACUCGGGUUCGAGGGUGAUAGGUAUGUUGGUAGCUCUUUGAUCAACAUGUACGUGAAGUGCGGCGAUGUUGGUCGCGCGCGCAAGGUGUUUGAUGGGAUGUUUCUCAGGGAUGCGUCGUGUUGGAACGCCUUGAUUGACGGCUAUAUGAAGACUGGGGAUGUUAGAAGCGCCGAGGAGGUGUUUGGGACGAUGCGGGAAACCGAACGAAACGUCGUUUCUUGGACCGCGAUGAUAGCGGGCUACUCACAGAACGGGGUUGCAGAUCGAGCUUUGGGGUUGUUCGAUGAGUUCUUGAUGACGGUGAGGAGCGGUUGCGAUGGCGUUAGGCCAAACUGGAUGACGGUGGCGAGCGUGCUUCCGGCGUGCGCGCAGGCUGGUGCGCUCGAGCAAGGGCGGAGGAUUCAUCGGUAUGCUACAGAUAUGGGCCUCGAUAGGCAUGUAGGCGUGCAGAUCGCGCUGGUCACGAUGUAUGCUAAAUGCGGAAGUCUUAGGGAUGCGCAUAGUUGUUUCGAUAGGAUUUGUAUCGAUGAUAAGGAUGUUGUUGCUUGGAACGCGAUGAUAACGGCCUACACUUCCCAUGGGAUGGGAACUGAGGCCGUGGAAACAUUUGAGGAUAUGAUCCGAUCAAGGGUAGCUCCCGAUGCAAUCACAUUCACUUCUUUGCUAUCCGGAUGCAGUCAUGGUGGCUUAGUCGAUCGAGGAAUGAAGUAUUUCGAAUCUAUGAAGGCAAAUCACAAUGUCGAACCAAGGUCAGAGCACUACGCUUGCGUCGUCGAUCUCAUGGCCCGUGCAGGCCGUUUGGACGAAGCAUUGGGAAUAAUUGAACGAAUGGAUGUUGAGCCUGGCGCUAGCGUCUGGGGCGCGCUCCUCUCAGCAUGUCGUACCCAUCGCAACCUUGACAUUGCAGAGAUCGCCGCAAAGCGCUUGUUCAUGUUAGAGCCCGAAAAUUGUGGAAAUUAUGCAUUGUUGUCGAAUAUGUAUGCAAAUGUUGGGAGAUGGGAGGAAGCUAAAAGACUGAGAAGUCUGUUAAAAGAGAGAGGAGUGAAGAAGAGCCCUGGAUGUAGUUGGAUUGAGAUCAAUGGCAAGGCUCAUGCGUUCUUCUGUGGAAAGAACGAUCACCCAGAGAUGAGGGAGAUCUACAUGUUUUUAGAGGAUUUACCGAAGAGAAUCAGAGCAGCGGGUUAUGUACCCGAUAUUAGUUUCGUUCUUCAUGAUGUGAGCGAGGAGGAGAAGGAAUGUAAUCUGAUGACUCAUAGCGAGAAGCUCGCUGUGGCAUUUGGGAUCUUGAGGACGAGGGCUGGGGCGGUUCUGAGAGUGACCAAGAAUCUUCGCAUUUGUGGAGAUUGUCAUAUGAUGAUCAAGUUUGUGUCGAAGGUUUAUGAGAGGGAGAUUAUAGUGAGGGAUGUGAAUAGGUUUCAUUGUUUCAAAGCUGGGGUUUGUUCUUGUCGGGACUACUGGUAGUUCCUGAGAACAACAACAUGCAUUAUAUUUUU